CGGACUUAUUACGCGGGUGCGCAGCGUCUCCUGGUAACGGAAGCUGUGGAAAGCCGGAAGUGGAUUUGAAUGACAGUUUACGAGGAGAGUGACCUCCUGAUGAGGGUAAUUAACCCUUCCAGCGGGAUUACAGUCAUGUGACGGCCGUCAUUUCUGUGUAUAUCGGAGGAGUCCGGGGCCAGUCAUGGCUAUAAAGAUCUUCUUUCCGACCUCCUGCUCAGCAGCAGAGAAUGGACUCCUCAUCGGACGCUGGAUGGAGGAGCACCAGUCCGCCGUCAUCCUGGCCACGCUGCACUUUCCAUUCAUUCCUGCCAUUGUGAGGACGCACCUGAGCCAACUGGAACGAGCAACGGGCAUGAGCCUCUCCGUCCUGGGGACCUGGAGCCAUAGUAAAGCAGAGGCAGAUGAUAAGAUGGAAAACUUCCUGGGGGAGCUGAGCACCAUCUUUAAGCACCAGCCCUGGCUGCGGAUGGCCAGGGAGUCCACCAGCAAGUUCUGGGACUGUCGGGUUGAAAGACUGGAGGAUGACACCUCAGAGGACGUGGUCUUGGUCUACUAUGAUCAGAGCAAGGUCAUGUUGUCAGAGCUGCACUCUGCCUCUGAACACUCUGAGGUCGCUGCCAUGUUUAGUACAGUGGCCAAGAACCAGCUGCUCUUUGCCAACGAUAAGUACGAUGAGGGGUCGGUGAGGUUAACGCAUUGGCAGUCUGAGGGCAAGGAGGCCAGUAUUAUUGUGGAGCUGGCAAAGCAAGCGUCUGUGCCGGUGUGCGCCGUCCUUUCAUUUUUCGUCUCUCUGAUCACCAGCAUUUGUAGCCUCAGGGUCCUUAGCGGGAGGCCUCUUUCCUUCCUGUGGAACAAGCUGUCUACCUAUGAACAACUGGGGAGACGUCUGGAGGACCUACGUAUGAUCAGCGGUCCUCAGAGGGCUCAAGACCACCCAACAUUCAUGAGAAAGGCCAACAUUGUCUUGUCGCUGAUUCUAGACAUCGGACUUGGGAUCUUCCUUAUGUCCUGGCUGUAUCGGGGGAACCACAUAGGUCAGCUGGCUGACGCCCUCAUGCCUGUGGCAGAUCGGGUGGCUUUGGAACUUCAAGGUCUGCUGCAGUGGUUGAUGGGAGCCCCGGCCGGGCUGAAAAUGAAUCGGGCGCUGGACGAAGUCUUGGGGCGAUUCUUUAUGUACCAUAUCCACCUCUGGAUCAGUUACAUCCGCCUGAUGUCUCCAUUCAUUGAGGUUAUCCUGUGGUACAUCGGACUGUCGGCUUGUCUCGGGCUGUCCGUGGCUCUCUCUAUUCUGUCCGAUAUCAUUGCGCUCCUCACCUUCCACAUAUAUUGCUUCUACGUGUACGGGGCCAGACUGUACUGCCUGAAGAUGCAUGGGCUGUCUUCCCUCUGGCGUUUGUUUCGUGGUAAAAAGUGGAAUGUCCUGCGACAGAGAGUGGACUCGUGCUCAUAUGACUUGGAUCAGCUAUUUCUCGGGACCCUGCUGUUCACAAUCCUGCUCUUUCUACUGCCGACCACUGCCCUUUAUUACCUCGUCUUUACCCUGCUUCGGCUCGUCAUGAUUGUGGUGCAAGGCGUGAUCCAGAUGACCAUAGAUCUCCUCAGCACCCUCCCUUUCUAUGCACUUUUACUGCGCCUGUGUCGCUCCUACAGAUUAGCUGCGGGUGUCAAAUUUCAGAUGCUGGAGCAAAAAAGCGGAAGACCUCUAAGACUGUUGAUGCAGAUCAACCCAUUACCCUAUGGACAGGUGCUGCAAACGUACAGGCUGCCUUCCAGGAGAUGCUACCCCAAGGAUUCCUGGGGUUCCUUAUGCAAAAAUUGUUCGUUGGAGAAGUGAUCUACCCCUGGAAGCAGAAGAAGAAUAAAGAGGAUUAAGAGAGACGAUCUGUGACUGGAGAGUCCCUGGUGAUGAGGCUCAAUUAGGGACAUUUAUCACAUGCUUUACGCCACUAUUAUGGUGUAAAAAAAACACUGCAAAUUAUAGCUCACGUCCGAUUUGGAGAAUCAUUUGAAACACUUCACCUUCUCUUGCCACUUUCAAAAAUGGCGUGAUAGAUGUAGGCCUCGUUCACAUUUUUGUGUCCGUUUGAUGUCUUUGAAGGAUCCAUGUUUGGUCCAUGUGUCCGUUUUUUUUUUACCCUCCGUGUGUCAUCUGUAUUCCACAGACCCUGAUCUGCUGAAGAUGAAUUUCCAAAGCAUUACCUAUGAGUGGUAAGUGAAAAAACGGAUCAAACAAGGAUGCCAUCAGAAUCAGUGUUUUUUUUUUUUAUUGACCCAUGGAUGUGUUUGGUCCGCAUCACGGACCAAAACGUUGCCUGUCUCUGUGAUUUUUUUUUAUACUGACCCACGGUCCUGUAAAAAAAUACUGAUGUGUGAACAAACACAUUGAAAUCAAUGGGUAUGUGUGCUGUCCAUGGAAAACGUGGAUAACACGCGUCGGUGAAAAACGGAAAUGAGAAUGAGGCCUCGCUAUAAUUUUUUCCAGGAACUGUCGUAAAUGACAAUUCACAUCUAUGCCGGCCUGGUGUAGAUUUGCAUUUUUUGCGCACAGACUGCCUGAGAUGUGCCACGUUUAUUAAAAAGCCUGCCUGUUUGCCUUCUGCACUGACGGUGCAAUGUCAGUGUCGGUAUAUCCGCCAUGGCUUGUGCCAUGCCUCUUGCUGCAUUUUCUAGGGCACAUUUCUAUUAGAUUUCUGUUUAAAGGGUGUCUGUCAGCAGAAUGUGAUCACGCCUGCCUGGUCCUGUCAAAGUGCAGAGGGAGCAGAGCCUCUAGGUGUAACGGCAACGCCCCCGUUGCUCCUAGAGGCUCAUUUGCAUAUAUUAAAACUUCAUUUUUCUCAGCAAUGCGGGCACAUAUGAAGAUGGGACCAACACAGCUGCACUUGUAGCAGGUCAGCCAGUUUCAUAGGUACAGAUCUGCUGACAGAUGCCCUUUAAUAGCAAAAGUACUGACAUUAGACCGCACACAUUGUCCCAGCGGUCCAAGCAAGGGCAGAAACUCCAUGCCUCCAUCCCAGAAACAGCGCUUUCCUUAUCCGUGGGUCUGUACUGGAAAUUGCAGCUUAGUCACUUUCACUAGAAUGUGGCUGUGCCGCAAUACCAGACACAGCCUAUGGAUAAAAGUGGCGCUGUUUCUGGGAAGAAGCAGACUUUUUUUUAUUUUUUAAUCAUACAACUCCUUUUGACAGAUCAUGGCAGCUAUAUACACGUUCCACUGCAGUAAGAGAGACCUACGGGUUAUAUUAAUGUAACUAAGUCUGUAGUUACAUGUAAAGUAUUAUUUUUCAAGGAGAUAAUAUGAGGCCAAAGUGAAGGGUUAAUAAGUGCCAUAAGGCCGAUCACUGACAACGGUAAGGGAUGUCGUCCCCUCUGCCGACAGGUCUGUUUUAGUAACUACUUGUAGUCACCAUGAAAUACUUCUGGAGCAUCUUCUCUGAUAACUCUGUGUUAUUCCGUUCCUCUAUUAUUCCUCAUAGAUUUUAAUGAAUAAAUUGACACCCAGACAUUACCGUUCUCCAUAAGGGGAUGAACCCGUACACGUCUGGUACCGUCACCACCGACUGGACAGUGUCGGGCUGUGCAGGUACACCCCUUGCCCCCAUCUGGUAAUAACCACUGGUCAGUUUAUUCAUACAUUUCUAGGAGGAAUAACUGAGGAAGAGGGCAAAGCAGAGUUGUAAAGAGAAGAUGUUCCAAAAUUGUUAUUAACAUGGGGGAAUAUAAUGAAUUAAUAAAACACGCGUCAGGAGAGGUUAUUCGGAUUUUAUGUAUAUUACAACAUGUAACCCUCUAAUAUAUUUUAUCUUUCAAUUUCUCACCAUUUUCAAAAUUGUUCAUAAUUGUUGGCAAAAAUGUGGCCACGCGCACAGACUGCUAAAGAGGUGUGUAAUUUACGACGAGGCACAUCUUCCACCAGCAAAGGCAGGGCAAAAGGGGAGUAAAAGAGUGCUGUAGAAAAGCGGUCUUUGUAAUUGACCCCCAAUGUUUAUUUUUUUAUUUAUUUAAAUAGCAAAUUCAAGGCAGGGCCAAAAAAGAGGAGGAAUAUGAAUUGUACCUGGGUACAUCUCCGCUCUUUAGGGUCCUUUUACACGUCCGUUGUGUAUUGCGGAUCCGCAAUACACCGGGCCGACACCGCUAUAGAAAUGCUAUUGCGGACAAGAAUAGGACUUGUUCUAUUUUUUUCGGGAGCCGUGGACUGGAAAAUCAGGGCCGUGCACCGGAAAUGCGGAUGCAGGACAGCACACUGUGUGCUGUCCUCAUCUCUUCCGGCCCCAUUAAAAAUGAAUGGGUCCGGAUCUCCGGACCCAUUCUAUGGACUUCUGAAUGGACCCUUAGGAUGGACUUUUCCAGCCUCUGAUCACACUUCAGUUAUGUGAUCAGUUAGGCCUCAUUCACAUAUACGUGGAUUUUCCCGGACCACGGUCUGUGAAAACCCGUCCUGGCUGCUAUAACGCCGUACGCUUUGUGCCGCUGUACAGUAAUAAACUCGUAUAGAUCAUGUAUUACUGUACAGCGGCGGCACGAAGCGCAUGGCGUCAUAGUAUUAGUAACCAAUGACGCUGUGCGCUCAGCAGGAUGGGCUUUCACGGUCUGUGAAAAUCCACGUAUGUGUGAAUGAGGCCUUAGGGUACAUUCACACAACCGUAUGUAUUUUGCGGUCCACAAAAUGUGGAUCCGCAAAGAAUCCGUGUGACAUCUGUGUUGCAUCCGGGUUUUUUU